AGCUGGUUGAACUAGCUCGGACUCUAGCUUCCAACCUGUUUCGAGCGACUCGGAGUUGGUUGGACUCGGCUCAAUGAACACAAACCCGAGCGACUCGAAGUAGGUUGGAGUGGCUCAAUGAACACCAAAAGCUGACUCGCAAGUGGUUGCAACCAAGUUCGAGCAGCUCGUUGAACACAGCUAAUAAAGCGAAUAAAGCGCACAAGCUUCCAAAGAUUACGUUUAGGGAAAGUGCGAAUUUUAAAUCCCAUUCUCGGCCAAAAAUAUUGGCUCCAGAUAAUUUUCAACUACAAAUCAUACACACUCACAAUGGUUUGCGAGAAGUGCGAAAAGAAGCUCGGCAAGGUCAUAACGCCGGACCCCUGGAAAUCCGGCGCUCGAAACACCACCGAAGGCGGCGGUCGCAAGAUCAACGAAAACAAAGCGCUGACCGGUGCAAAGAUGCGAUUCAAUCCGAUGGCCGGGAACUUCGCGCCUUGCCGAAUAUGUAAGCAGAAAAUUCAUCAAGCCGGGUCGCACUACUGCCAGCAGUGUGCUUAUAAGAAAGGAAUCUGCGCCAUGUGUGGUAAAAAACUACUAGACGUAAAAAAUUACCGCCAAUCGUCUGCUUGAUGCGAAUCGGAUUUCGGAAUAGUUUUUACAGUUAAAUAUUAAGGUUCUAGGAUAAUUCUAUAUAAAUGUCUAACAAAUCUUUUGGUCUUAUACUUUUAACAAAAAAGUAAAUAUAAAUACCUUAGGAAUCAC